UGGGAAAGUAUGUAAUCGAGGUUGCUAUCGACCUGAGGGGUGUACAAUUCACUGGGAUUCACCUACUCGCAUACCAUGAUCACUAUCAUCGGGAGAAGCUGGAGAAGAUGGCACAAAAUGGUAUCAGGAUG